AUGGCGUCGGACGACGAGGAAGACUUCAAACAAUUGCAAAUUUCGCAGAAUCGAAAGCAUAAAAAAGCGGGAGGAUGGCAGCAAUUGGGUCUAGAUCACUCAAUCUUCAAAGCUAUCGAAAAGAAGGGAUUCAAUCAGCCGACACCCAUUCAACGAAAAACGAUUCCAUGCAUAAUGGACGGAAAAGAUGUCGUCGCCAUGUCACGUACCGGUUCGGGUAAAACCGCCGCCUUCGUGAUUCCGAUGCUUCAGAAGUUGAAGGGAAGAGAUACGAAGGGAAUUCGGGCGUUGAUGGUAUCACCAACACGAGAAUUGGCACUUCAAACAUUCAAAGUUGUCAAAGAGCUCGGCCGCUUCACCGGACUCCGUUGUGCGUGUCUCGUCGGAGGAGAUGUUCUUGAGGAUCAAUUUUCGACGAUUCAUGAGAAUCCUGAUAUUCUUCUCGCCACACCGGGACGUCUUCUCCACGUCAUCGUCGAAAUGGAUCUCCGUCUUUCAUUCGUUAAUUAUGUUGUAUUCGAUGAGGCUGAUCGUCUAUUCGAAAUGGGUUUUCAGGAUCAAUUGACUGAAACACUGAAACGUAUCCCUGAAAGUCGUCAAACUCUUCUUUUCUCCGCCACACUGCCGAAAAUGUUGGUCGAUUUCGCGAAAGCUGGUCUGACUGAUCCAAUGUUGGUCCGCCUCGAUGUAGACGAGAAAGUGAGUGAGAAACUGUCGAUGGUAUUCUGUAUGUGUCGUCCCGAGGAGAAAUUGUUCGCUUUGCUCCAUUUGUGCAGACGUAUGGACCGUGAGAACAAGCAGACGGUCGUAUUCUGUGCCACAAUGAAACACGUCGAGUACGUCGUCGGAAUUCUUCAUCGUGCCGGAAUCGACUGCUCAUUCGUGUAUUCUCAGUUGGAUGCGACCGCCCGUAAACAGAAUAUUCAAAAGUUUCACGAGAAACAGAAUAAUAUUCUCGUUGUGACGGACGUCGCCGCUCGUGGAGUCGAUAUUCCGCUGUUGGAUACGGUGAUCAACUUGCAUUUCCCAUCAAAAGCCAAACUAUUCGUGCAUCGUGUCGGUCGUGUCGCCCGUGCCGGUCGUUCUGGAACUGCAAUCUCUCUGAUUGCAAACGAUGAGUUACCGUAUCUCACGGAUUUAUUCAUGUUUUUGGGAAAACCCAUCAAUUUUGCAUCGGACGCAUCGGAAUACAAGGAAGACGAAACACUCAUCGGACGUGUUCCCGAUAGCAUUGUCAGUUUGGAAACGGAAUUUUUCAAUUCAAUUCAUGAUAAUAAUGAGGAAAUGCUUGAUUUACGUCAAAAAGCGACGAAUGCAAUGAUGAAAUACACGAGAACUCGUCAACCACCGUCAGCCGAGUCGGCGAGACGUGUCAAACAGGAUAUUCGAACGGAUUCGGUCGAAUGUGCUCCACAUCCAUUCCUGAAAGCAGAAGGAGACAAACAAAGUCACGAUAUUCUCAAUCGACUUUCACAGUAUAAAAGUCGAAAUACAAUCUUCGAAAUGAACAAAUCGCAAAAAUCGCAAGCUCUUGCCGUAAUGCAAGCGAAACGUAAAGCCCAUGAACCGCGUAUUUCUACAGUAACCGAAGAGAAACGAAAACAAAAAGAGGAGAGAGAGCAGAGAGACGCAGAGAAAUCAGUGGAAGGAGAGAGAGAGCAAGGAGACGCAGACAUUAUCGGAGUGGAUGAAGGAGAGCUGGAAGCUGUCUUCGGAACGGUCAUCGGAUCGACGAAACAUAAUGAGACGUCAGAAGAGAAGAAGAAACAGAAGUCUUCUGGAGGAGGAAAGAGAGUCGAUAGGGCUGAGCAGAUGAGACAUGAGAGGGAAAAGCACUACGUUCCAUAUCAAUCAUCGGAUCACGUGUCCGAAAGACAAUUGGCUUUGGAUAAAGUUGAUUUCGCGAGACAAGCCGAAGGUGCAUCUGUCGAUAUCAUUAUGGACGACGAUAGAGGAAUGUACAAUCAGAAACAUGGUCAGAGAUGGGAUCGUCGACUGAAAAAAUACGUUGGAUUAAGUGGAAAUGAGCCGGCGAAUAAAAAGAUUCGAACGGAAGACGGUACAUGGCUUCCGGCGAGUUAUAAGACUGGAAAAUAUGAAGAAUGGAAACAGAAACAGAAGAUUGGAUUCAAUCAGAAGGGAGCAGAGGGAGAAGGAGACGCAGACGAACAGGAUUACGGUAGAAAGAGAAAGUGGAAAAUGGAGACGAGCAAGGGAGGACCCAAACACUCGGAACUCAAGAAUAAGGACCAGAUUCUUAAGGGUCGCCGUAAACAAGAGAAACUCGAAAACUACAUGGAGCAUCGUCGUCAAUCGAAUAUCAAAAAGAAGGCGUCGCUGGGCGGAGCCUCGUCGAGAGGGGGCGGAGCCUCAAGAGGGGGCGGAGCUUCGAGAGGCGGUGGAUUCAGAGGAGGGCGUGGCGGAGGAAUGGGCGGAGCCAGAGGGGGCGGAGCUUCCCGCGGAGGCGGAAAAUUCGGAAAAAGACGUUGA